UAACACCGGCCAGGCCAGUACUUCAAUUCCCUUGCCUUUUUUGUAAUUAAAGAAAAGAUAAGAUGGGUCGUAGAGUUUCUUAUUUCUUCCCACUUGCUUUGACCUUAGUUUUCUUAGCGGCGGCUGCCACGGUGGCUAAUGCGAUGUACAACGUGGAGAGCUACGGGGCGAAGGCGGACGGGCGGACUGACUCGUCCGCCGCCUUUUUGAAGGCCUGGGAUGCGGUGUGUGCGUUGAACAGGCCGGCCACCAUUUUGGUGCCGCGUGGGGAGUUCUUGCUGCGAAACGUCCUGUUUCACGGCGAGAAAUGCGGGAACAGGAAUGGCAUAACGUUCCAGAUCAGCGGAACGCUUCUCGCCCCGUCGGACUAUAAUGUGAUUGGGCAUUCCGAUGCUUGGAUCAAGUUCAACAGGGUCACCGCCCUUUCCAUCAUCGGCGGAACCCUCGACGCCCAAGGUUCCUCUCUUUGGAAAUGCAAAAACGGCAAGGGUGGUUGCCCUGAGGGAUCUACGACACUGGCUAUAUACGACUCUGACAAUGUGGCUAUCAUGGGACUAACUUCACAAAACAGCCAAAAGUUCCAUAUUUUGAUAAAGGGCACCCGCAACGCCAAGCUACAAGGAGUGAAGAUCUCUGCCCCGGAAGACAGCCCCAACACCGACGGAAUCCACGUCCAGUCUUCCUCCGGAGUCACCAUCACCAAUUCCAACAUCGGCACCGGCGACGACUGCAUCUCCAUCGGUCCCGGCACCACCAACCUCUUGGUCCAAAGCAUUGCUUGCGGCCCCGGCCACGGAAUAAGUAUUGGGAGUCUAGGGUGGUCUGCGAAUGAGGCGGGAGUGGAGAACGUGAAGGUGAGGAACGUUCAGUUCACCGGAACGGAGAACGGAGUUCGGAUCAAGACGUGGGCGAGGCCGAGCAAUGGGUAUGUGAGAAACGUUCUUUUCCAGCGGGCAACCAUGGUGGACGUCCACAACCCAAUCAUCAUUGACCAAAACUACUGUCCCCAUAACGAGAACUGCCCCCACCAGUCCUCCGGCAUUAAGAUCAGCGGCAUAACGUUUGAAGACAUCCACGGGACGUCGGCGACGGAGGUGGGCGUGGAGUUACAGUGCAGCAAAAGCCGGCCGUGCAGUGGGAUAACGGUGGACGACGUUAAGCUCACUUAUAACGGCCGUCCAGCCCAAGCUUCCUGCACCAAUGCUGCUUGCCCCCGUAUCUUCAGCCGUUAUUAACAAGCUGCCAUUAUCCAUCUAUCUAUCCAAACAAUUAAAGCAAAAUUUUGCUUUGCUUAGAAGAAGAAGACUAAAAGGCAGUUUAGAAUAACUAAUGUUAUAUUAUUAUUAUUAUUGUUGUUGUUGUAUCGAUAAGUUUCAGUUUGAGUUAUUGCUUGAGCCCGUGGCUGCAUGUAGCGAGCGAGCCUGGCCUUGCAUCCACCUAUGUUCAAUUCUGUAAUCCUUUUCAGAAUCAGAAAAAAGUGCGUCUUAAUGUGAACUUCACUACUUUCAAUCA